AUGAGCUUCGUCACCCGCCGAGCGCUCUCGACGCUCAUCCCUCCCAAGGUGAGCCCCUUCGGUUAUGAGCGCAAGGUCGCUUCUCCCAAGGCCAUUGGCGCCGCUCCUGAUGCUAUCCGCAUGCAGCGUGUCGUCAGCUUCUACGAGAAGCUUCCCCGAGGUGCCGCUCCCGAGGUCAAGGCCAAGGGCCUCCUCGGCCGAUACCAGGCCAAGUACUUUGGCAAGAACCCCAGUGGCAAGCCCAUCAUUCACGCCAUUGUCUUCCUCGUUGCCAUUGGCUAUGCCCAGAACUACUACUUCCACCUGCGCCACCACAAGAACAACGCCCACUAA